AUGGGGAAAUUACAAAAGUAUGUUGGAGUGCUUGCUGUGAUAUUUGUAUUGGUGAUAGGAAUAGCGGAAUGCCACCGAAAAAUUAAAGAUGAUGAAGUACUUGACGGCUUUGGAGGAGGUGGCCUGGGUGAUGGUGGUGGUGGAGGUUUUGGUGGGGGUGCUGGUGCUGGUGGAGGCGCAGGUGGUGGUGUAGGAGGUGGAGCUGGCGGGGGAGCAGGUGGUGGCGCUGGAGGGGGUGCAGGUGGGGGAAUUGGAGGUGGGCAUGGCGGUGGAGUAGGGGGAGGAAUCGGUGGUGGUGGAGGCGCAGGUGGAGGUGCUGGUGGAGGCUUUGGUGGUGGUGCUGGUGGGGGUGCCGGUGGAGGCUUGGGAGGUGGUGCAGGUGGGGGUACUGGCGGAGGCUUAGGAGGUGGUGCUGGUGGCGGUGGAGGUGCUGGUGGUGGGUUUGGAGGUGGUGCAGGCGGUGGCGCUGGUGGAGGCUUGGGAGGUGGUGCUGGUGGCGGUGCAGGGGGAGGUGCUGGUGGUGGAUUUGGAGGUGGUGCAGGUGGGGGCGCUGGAGUUGGCGUUGGUGGGGGUGCUGGUGGCGGAGCUGGUGGAGGGGCUGGCGGCGGCUUUGGUGGUGGUGGAUUUUGA